CACCAUUCAUCAUAACAACACUAGAGUUCUCCAAAAUCCACUUGCUAUCGUGAGAAGCGGUCUAGUGAGACUAAAGUGAAAUGGCUUCCUUAUGUAGACAAAUUAUUAGGGCAAAUUCCCUUAAAAGCACCCUUUUUUCAACAGCCCGAAGGGGAUUCGCAGACAAAAUGAUGCCCGAUCCUCUGGAGCAUGCCACUGGUUUGGAGAGGAAAGAAUUGUUGGCCAUGCAGGCGGGUAACGAUGAUCCUUUCAACAUGAAGGUGCUUAAGAAAGCCGCAGGAACCCGUGAGAACCCAACACUUGUGCCGUCUUGCUUUGACGCACGUAUUGUAGGAUGCAUAUGUGAAGAGCAUGCCACCGCAAUAAACUGGCUCUGGGUACACAAGGACCACCCCCGCCGCUGUGAAUGUGGACACUGGUACAAACUUAUUGAGAAGCAGCCCCUCUAAGCGUGUCUACUUACGAUUAGUUUUACUGUUAGUAGUCGUUAUUAUACUGCAAUAACUGCGCGUCUGCGUUAUUCCAAUGUUCCUGUAAAUAAGAUGCGUUAUAGGAACGAAAACGAUCAUAAUUAAAUAAUUGUAAGCCUUUAAAAGUGUUUCAUUCAAUCGUUACCUACUGCAGUGUUGUGUUGUUAACGGGAUUUAUUUUAUGUAGAUAAUUAAACAAUUAAAAUUAGA